UCCGCAUACGACAGCAGCAGGAGAUCCCAAAAAUGGACGCCACCGUGGUCGCCGUCGCCAGCGAUGGAGAUGACGGCGACCGCCGCCGCCCCCUCCUCGAUACCGGAGAAGAGAUCCUCCCAUACCCCGUAUCCCCUUUGCCGCAGCCGCCGGGGGCGGAUGCGAAGCCCGGGCAGCAGAAGCCGCAGCGGGUGGCCUCGCUCGACGUGUUCCGCGGCCUCACCGUCGCCAUGAUGAUACUCGUGGACGACGCCGGCGGGGCGUGGCCGGGGAUAAACCACGCGCCGUGGUUGGGGGUGACGGUGGCGGACUUCGUCAUGCCGGCCUUCCUCUUCAUCAUCGGCGUCUCCGCGGCCCUCGUCUUUAAGAAAACACCAAACAAGAUAGCAACAUCCAAGAAGGCUGCAUGUAGGGCUAUCAAGCUUUUCAUCUUGGGUGUAAUUUUGCAAGGAGGAUACAUUCAUGGACGACACAAAUUAACUUAUGGCGUUGAUUUGGAUCAAAUUCGAUGGCUAGGUGUGUUACAGAGAAUAGCUAUUGGAUACUUUCUAGCAGCAAUUUCUGAGAUUUGGCUUGUGAACAAUACUUCGGUGGAUUCGCCAGUAUCAUUUGUGAAGAAGUACUUCAUGGAGUGGAUCAUGGCCAUAAUUAUUUCAGCUCUGUACAUUGGCUUGGUAUUUGGCCUAUAUGUUCCAAAUUGGGAAUUUAAAGUUCAGACUAGCAGUUCGACCUUUUCAAAUCCAAGCAAUGAUGUUGGUUUCAAAACGAUCCAGUGUGGACUUACAGGUAGUCUUGGACCACCUUGCAAUGCAGUUGGCUUUGUGGAUCGGGUUUUGCUUGGGGAAAGUCACCUGUACAAGAACCCAGUGUACAAAAGAACUAAGGAAUGCAGUAUUAAUUCCCCUGAUUAUGGACCGCUUCCUCCGAAUGCGCCAGACUGGUGCCUGGCUCCCUUUGACCCGGAGGGUUUAUUAAGUACAUUGAUGGCUGCAGUGAGUUGCUUUGUUGGGUUGCAUUUUGGUCAUGUCUUGAUUCAUUGCAAGACUCAUUCACAGCGAAUGAUGUCAUGGCUGCUAGCUUCAACGGUAUUAACAGUCUCAGGAUUUUUAUUACAAUUAUUAGGUAUGCCUUUCAGCAAACCUUUGUAUACAGUGAGCUACAUGCUGCUGACUGGUGGAGUAUCUGGGUUCGUUCUGUUGCUGCUAUACUGCAUAGUCGAUGUUAUCCAUAUCAAGAAGCCAUUAAUUCUGUUCCAGUGGAUGGGCAUGAACGCGCUUAUAGUCUAUGUCCUGGCAGCUUGUGAGCUCUUCCCUACGCUUAUUCAAGGGUUCUACUGGCGGUCACCCGAGAACAACCUGGUGGAUGCCACGGAGUCUCUGCUCCAGGCCAUCUUCCAUUCGAAACGUUGGGGCACCUUGGCGUUCGUCCUAGUGGAGAUCAUCUUCUGGUGCUUGGCCGCCUGCUUCCUCCACAUAAAAGGCGUAUACCUGAAGCUGUAGAAACAUUUGUUAUGCCCCUGUGACAUCCUCUGUAAAUAUUGGAUUUCUAAAUCGAUGUGUUUGGGCAUGGUCCAUCACACUGUACCACGAUUCUUUGCUACAGUAUGCCACUCCUGCCCACCACAGUAUACUCUUUUCUUUUGUUUCUUGCAAAGUGCACAGUAACUUUUUUA